AUGUCGCAAGCGGAAAUACAAGAGAAGAUCUCGGCGGCGAGGAGAGAAGCGGACGGGUUGAAGGAUAAGAUCCGGACGGCGAAGGAUCAGACUGCGGACACGAGUCUCCGGGCAAUGGCCAACGACACCGCCCCUUUACCCCGUAUGACCCUCAAAUCCCGACGCACCCUCAAAGGCCAUCUCGCCAAGAUCUACGCCCUCCACUGGGCGGCCGACAACCGCCACAUCGUCUCUGCCUCGCAAGACGGCAAGCUGAUCGUCUGGGACGCCUACACCUCCAACAAGGUACACGCGAUCCCCCUCCGUUCGUCCUGGGUCAUGACGUGCGCCUAUGCCCCUUCGGGCCAAUACGUCGCGUGCGGCGGUCUCGACAAUUUAUGCUCCAUCUACUCGCUCCGCGGUGCCGAGCCAGGACAGCCCGCCGCUGCCGUCAAGGUCUCGAGGGAGCUGUCGGCGCACUCGGGGUACCUGAGUUGUUGUCGGUUCAUUGAUGAUCGGAAGAUCGUGACGAGUAGUGGGGACAUGACGUGUAUGCUCUGGGAUAUAGAGCAGGGAGUGAGGACGAUGGAGUUUAAUGAUCAUACUGGGGACGUCAUGAGCAUCUCGCUUUCACCAAACCACAACCUCUUCGUAUCAGGCGCGUGCGACGCCACGGCCAAGGUCUGGGAUAUCAGGACAGGGAAGGCGGUGCAGACGUUUACGGGGCAUGAGUCGGAUAUCAACGCUGUCCAAUUCUUCCCCAACGGCGACGCCUUCGCUACCGGCUCCGACGACGCCUCGUGCAAGCUAUACGACCUCCGCGCAGACCGCGAGCUCAACACCUACGCCCACGACAAUAUCCUGUGCGGUAUCACCUCGGUCGGCUUCUCCAAAUCCGGCAGGGUCCUCUUUGCCGGCUACGACGACUACAAUAUCAAUAUCUGGGAUACGCUUAAGGGCGAGCGGGUCGGCGUGCUCGCCGGGCACGAUAAUCGGAUUUCGUGUCUGGGCGUUAGCGAUGAUGGGAUUGCGCUGUGCACGGGAUCUUGGGACAGCUUGUUGAAGGUCUGGUCGUGA